GCACCACAUUUACUUCAUCCAAAACACGAGGAGAGCCAGCCAGCCAACAGAUAAAACGGGUGCAAAAUCCCAGAUGGCACAGUACCUCUCCCAACUAACACUAUCUCCACCAAAAUCGCAACCAAUGGCUUCUCUCAGUGGUGGUGCCGCCACCACUUCCCGCCUCCUCCCCUCCGCCUCUCCCGUCCGUCUCUCUAUUUGUUCAGCCUCCUCCUCACUCUCUCUUGCCUCCUCUUCCUCUUACUCUCCUUCCUCUCUCAAAUGCCUCCGAUUCUCUCCCCUCUCACCCCUCAUUUUUAAGGAUCAGAAGCGAUCGUCAAUGAGCACCGUUGCUGCGGCGUCGGAUGCUGCUCAGUUGAAGAGUGCGAGAGAAGAUAUUAAGGAGCUUCUUAAAUCUAAACUUUGCCAUCCUAUUCUGGUUCGGUUGGGGUGGCAUGAUGCAGGCACAUACAACAAGAACAUAGAGGAGUGGCCAAAAAGGGGUGGAGCCAAUGGAAGUCUUAGAUUUGAAAUUGAACUUAAGCAUGCAGCCAAUGCAGGGCUUGUUGAUGCAUUGAAACUGAUUCAGCCUAUCAAAGACAAGUAUUCUGGUGUGACAUAUGCGGAUUUGUUCCAAAUGGCCAGCGCAACUGCUAUAGAGGAAGCCGGAGGCCCCAAAAUUCCCAUGAAGUAUGGCAGGGUGGAUGUCUCAGUCCCUGAUGAAUGCCCUGAAGAGGGGAGGCUUCCCGAUGCUGGCCCCCCUAAACCUGCUGAUCAUUUACGAGAAGUUUUCUAUAGAAUGGGAUUAGAUGACAAGGAAAUAGUUGGAUUGUCUGGUGCACACACACUAGGAAGGUCUAGACCAGAACGCAGUGGUUGGGGCAAACCAGAGACGAAGUAUACGAAAAAUGGGCCUGGAGCACCAGGAGGGCAGUCCUGGACAGCAGAAUGGCUGAAGUUUGACAAUUCCUACUUCAAGGAUAUUAAAGAAAGAAAGGAUGAAGAUCUACUUGUAUUGCCAACUGAUGCUGCUCUUUUUGAAGAUCCUUCAUUCAAGGUGUAUGCAGAGAAAUAUGCUGAAGAUAAGGAGGCAUUCUUCAAGGAUUAUGCUGAAGCCCAUGCGAAGCUCAGCAAUCUUGGGGCAAAAUUUGAUCCUCCAGAGGGAAUUAUGCUAGAUGGUGUUGUAGGAGAGAAGUUUGUGGCAGCCAAGUACUCCUCUGGAAAGAGAGAGUUGUCAGAGACUAUGAAACAGAAGAUUAGAGCAGAGUAUCAAGCAGUUGGCGGGAGCCCAGAUAAGCCUCUCCAGUCUAACUAUUUUCUAAAUAUCAUUAUUGUGAUUGCUGUUCUAGCACUUUUAACAUCUCUUCUUGGAAAUUAAGUUCUUUUCUGAGGAUCCUUAUAAGAUUAGUGUUGGUCUGUAUCCACUCUGCUCUAAUUGCGGUGUUUCCUGAGGUGCAUGAUGAGUUCUGCAUGCAUCGAAAACCAUAAUAUAGUGAGGUAAUGAAUGGUUGAAGGAUCCGAAA